UGACUGGACAUAACCUUAAUUUAUAGUGUCGUGCAAGCACAAAAUUUUAAAAACUCUCGUAAUUAAUAUCCGAUUUCGCAAUAAUUUGUACAGAUUUUUAAUAAUUCUCGCCUUAUAAUCGAUAUUCUAGAUGUAAGUUUGAAUAGUUUUCGCAAAAAUGGCUGGUGUUUUUGAUUUGGAACUGCACGAUGUCGAGCCAGUAGAAGUAGAUGAUUCAGACGAUGCAAUCGAAAUCGAAGAGGAUGAAUAUGACCAAAAUCCCAACAUUAAUGCUAUUGUUGAGAACGAUGACACUGAAACAGUUCAUCUGACUGAGCAGAAUGUUAAUCCCGGACAAGAAAAAACUGGCCCGCAGGACUUUGAAUUACGUAAAGUGUUGGGAAAAGGUGGUUAUGGCAAAGUAUUCCAAGUUAGAAAAAUUACCGGACAAGAUGCAAAUACGGUAUUUGCGAUGAAAGUACUCCGUAAGGCUUCCAUAGUUAGAAAUCAAAAAGAUACUGCUCACACAAAGGCAGAAAGAAAUAUAUUAGAAGAAGUUAAGCAUCCAUUUAUAGUAGAUUUGAAGUAUGCCUUCCAAACUGGUGGAAAAUUGUACUUAAUUUUAGAAUAUCUUAGUGGAGGGGAACUGUUUAUGCAUUUAGAAAGAGAAGGAAUCUUUUUAGAAGAUACUGCUUGUUUUUAUUUGUCUGAAAUCAUUCUGGCCUUAGAACAUUUACAUGGACAAGGAAUUAUUUAUAGAGACCUUAAGCCUGAAAAUAUUUUAUUAGAUGCUCAUGGACAUGUUAAAUUGACAGACUUUGGGUUGUGUAAAGAGCAUAUUAAUGAAGGAAUUCUCACUCACACCUUCUGCGGUACUAUUGAGUACAUGGCCCCAGAAAUUUUAACUAGACACGGACAUGGUAAAGAGGUUGAUUGGUGGUCAUUGGGAGCCCUUAUGUAUGAUAUGCUCACUGGUGCUCCACCGUUCAGCGCUGAGAAUAGAAAAAAGACAAUAGAGAAAAUAUUAAAAGGCAAGCUGAAUUUACCUCCUUAUUUAACAACCGAUGCUCGAGAUUUAGUUCGUAAGCUUUUAAAGAGACAAGUAACAGCGAGAUUGGGCGCUGCCCCAGAAGAUGCUGUUGCUGUUAAACGUCAUCAAUUUUUCAAGCAUAUUGUAUGGGAAGAUGUUUUACGAAGGAAAUACGAACCUCCAUUUAAGCCCAGCCUUACGAGUGACGAUGAUGUCUCUCAAUUUGAUACAAGAUUUACAAAGCAAACCCCAGUGGAUUCGCCAGACGAAUCCACCCUUAGCGAAAGUGCCAAUUUAAUAUUUCAGGGAUUUACUUAUAUAGCACCGUCGGUGUUGGAAGAAAUAUACAAGCCAACCAUAGUAAAGGCUCGAUCUCCUCGCAAAUCCGGUUCAUAUAGGUCACAUUUCAAUUUUGUUCCUACUCAACACAGUAGUAACGUAUUAGAUCCGAACAGUUACGUGGGGGCAUCGAAUUCGCACGCGAAUCACCAGCACGUUCAUCCGGGACCACCGCACCAUCCCCACGCCCAUCACCACAAUCCAUUCGGCGCGAACGCGUACAAUAUGGUGCAAAAUGCGGACGAAAUGAUGGACGUUAGUAGUAGUGGAAUGCCGCAAGUAUAGUAUAGCGUUUGUCUUUUUCUAAAACAAUAGGUUUUUUUGAUAGGAAAACAAAUUUAUUAGUUCAAUUUUGUUUUUUAUUAUAAUUUAAACGGAAAGGUGUCAUAUUUUCUUUCAACCAAUCCUUUAUGAAACAACUUAAUAACCAUAAAUGUUUUAGUUUAGUUGAUUAGUUAUGGAGUAGAAUGUAAGCCUAAAUAAAAGAUAUUAUUUUUUUAAUUUCACAUUUAAUGCUGCUGGCAGCGUUAUUACAAAAAACUAUACUUAUAGAUAGACAAUAUUUUUUAUAAUAGUUUAUUGGUAACUCGAGAUGUAUUGAUUAUUAAAAAAAAACAUUGUACAAAAGCAAAGCAAAUACAUACAUAAAAGGAUGAUGUUUAAAGAAGUUAAUAAAAUACUGCUGUAGGUAAAUAACGUUAAUUUUACUGCAAAUUUGAUACCUUUUCGUAUAGAUAAUUGUUAAUUUGUUACCAUUUAAACAUACAUUAUCUUAUUUAUAUAUAUUUUUUAUUUGAGCUUGAAUUUUUGUGUAUUAAACAGCGGUCUAAUUGAAAGCAAUUUUUAAUGUGCCUAUUUUGGUGUACAUUUUUUUAUUUUCAAUGAGAGGUUGUUCUAGAUGUAAAAGUAAAUAAUUGAUAUUCAUUUUGGUUUUUAAUAAUUUUUACAAUGGAUAGUUUAUUAAUUAAUAUGAAACGCUUUUAACAACGCAACAAUAAAUCGGGCGUUUUUAUUAGACAUAUUUCAGAAAGCGAAUUGGUAUUGACUUGUGCUUAUUAUAAUUUGUGGUAGAGUGAAAAUUAUAUUUAUUAUUAGGGUACUCAUAAUCUUGGAUUUAAAAGGAAAGGUUUUUUAUACUAACCUUAAGUUCAUGAUUAUCCCUAAACGCAAGGUCAUAUUAUUAAACUAUCGGUUUGCUUUCGUGUGUUCCUAUUUCAUUAUUAAAAUUUGUUCUAAUUUAUUAUGGAGGUUCGAUGUUGUACUCGAGUGUCAUAAUCCGAAGAGUACAAAUUCAUCUGUUGAAGAUAUUUUAACAGCCAACUGCCCUACUUCAAUUAGCUGCCUUGCAUUUGUUAUUAGCGUUCUUGUGUAACAAUAUCAGUCUUAUAUCGUUGUCUCAUAUUAAUUAUAGAUUUAUAUAUUUUUUUACUUGGCUGUUUAGCUACGUAGGAAAAGUGUUUUUAUACACCUCUCUAAUAAAAACUAAACAUAUUUGAUCGAUUAAUUUUUUUACGUUUAAUAGCGAAUAUAGUUGAAGUAUGUGUGUACAGUUAAUUUUUAUUUAUUGUGGGCUUAUUUCUUCGAUUAGAUACUUAUCAAUUUCAAGUGUUCUGUUUGAAUUGUUUUCUACCAACUGGUGUUCAUUAAUUCAAAUCUGGAAAUCUUGUUUAUGAUUAAAAGUUGUUCGAAUUGUCACGAUUUUGAAAAUUACUUUGCUUCCAUAAAAAAAAUGAAUUUUGUUAGAAAAUACUUGAUUCGUAAACAAGAUUUCAUUUUGAUUAUCGUUGUUUAUAAGUGAUCAAUAUAUUAGAAUGCGAUUGUUUUGAUAGAAAUAGAUAAUACAUGUUCUUUCUCUUGAUAAUAUCAAUUGCUACAAUAGGUGCACUAAAAUUAAUUAAUAUAUAACUUUUUUUAUAAAGGCGUUUUUGUUUUUUCGAUAAGUCUGAUGUAAUGGUGGUGUAAUGGUAAACGUUUUACUAAAAUUAUUUUUAUUCAAUAGAUUUAUCAUGUAUUUUUCUAUGUUUCUUCAU